CCAAACUGUUUCUUCCCCUCCUCCUCCUUCUUUCGCCAAGGGACAGGAUUUCUUGUUUUAUCAGUAACUUCAAGCUAUAAAAGCUAUGGCUGUCACCAAGAUUUAUAUAGUGUACUAUUCCUUGCACGGCCAUGUCGAGACAAUGGCACGAGAAAUUCUCCGAGGAGCAAACUCUGUUCCAGACGUUGAAGCAACACUCUGGCAAGUGCCGGAGACAUUACCGGAGAAAAUACUGGAGAAAGUGAAGGCUGUUCCAAGGCCGGACGAUGUGGCAGAUAUUCGACCAGAACAACUAGCGGAAGCUGAUGGAUUUAUGUUCGGCUUUCCUUCUAGGUUUGGAGUGAUGGCAUCACAGGUCAUGACUUUCUUUGACAAUACAAAUGAUCUCUGGACUACACAGGCUCUCGCAGGGAAACCUGCUGGAAUCUUCUGGAGUACGGGUUUCCACGGUGGAGGCCAAGAACUCACUGCACUGACGGCAGUGACAAAAUUGGCUCAUCACGGGAUGAUAUUUGUACCGUUGGGGUAUACAUUUGGUAAAGGCAUGUACGAGAUGGGAGAGGUGAAAGGUGGUUCGCCGUAUGGCUCAGGGACUUAUGCAGCUGAUGGGUCACGAGAGCCAACUGAGCUGGAGAUUCAGCAGGCGAAUUACCAUGGCAAGUACUUUGCCGGAAUAGCCAAAAAACUCAAGAAACGUUCUACUGUCUAGAACCAAAGCGUCUGUGUCUUUUCAUAUACUCAGUCUGUAAAUGUGAAGGAGAAAACUGAAAAUAAGAUUGAUACAGAGCAAAGCAACUCUGUGUAGCUAAAUGGGCAACAAAUUUCAUUUCCAAUAGAUUCUAGCUGUACACUCAGACACUAUCAAUCAUGUAAAGCAUUACCACUUAAUAUCAAUAUGAACAAUCCCUAUAUAUC